UUGAAAAGAAAAUGGCAGCUCUCGACGAUGACAUACCUUCCAGCCCUCUAUCGAGAUUUAACAGGGCCGUGCCUCUCAGACAAUCAAAAUUAGUAACAGGACCAUUCAGAGCCACCAAAAUCUGGAAUGAGGUCAUUGAACACUUGAAAGAAAAGGUUGAGCUGAAACGACGGCGGUAUAAGCUGCGAAACUAUGAUGACAGUUUUACAGGAACAGACGCAGUGGACGUUGUCCUGCACUACCUGCUCAGUGAUCAGGAUACAUUUUGCAAUCUAUCCAGAGAAAAGGCUGUCAAGCUCUGUCAAAGUCUUAUGGACAAAAAAGUGUUCAAACCUGUUGGUUGCAAGUCUGGUGAGGAUGUUCGCCACACCUUCGAGGACAGCAGUGGAAAGAUCUACCACUUUAUAGGUGUUCUUAGCAACAAGGAGAAUGUUUCCCCCGACUCAGAGGAUGAGAUCGAUGGGAGAGAUGACUUGUGUGAGGACAUUAAUGAUUCCCUCAUCUCAACACAGACCUGCAGCAGAUUGCAAGGCUCAAGCGAGGUUGACCAGUAUGAUGGUGACAGCAGGCUGUUGGGUGGACAGAGGUCAGGGUCCGAGGAAUCUCUGGAUUGCAAGAAGAGAAAGAACCUUAACACAUCACAACGAUCCUCAAAGCGCCAGAAGAUGUGUGCCUCUUCAUCUACAGAGUCACUAAAUGAGGAAUCUUUGUCAGAAUAUCAAAUUCAAGACAUUUGGAAGGAAGUUGCUUUGUGUCAACUACUUAGAAUAAUAGACUUAUCAUUUCUUGAUGGUGUUUUGAUGGAGGAAAAAGAAAAGACAAGCAAAAAGCAGUUUAAACCUCAUGGCACUCCUGUCUCAAACAUUGUGGCCAAACACUGGAGCAUGCGAUGCUCUGCCAAGAGUGCCACCCACUCAGACCCUUACAUGAAGGCUGCACUAGAGGUGAUCGCCCACUUACCGAGGGGUGUGUCUAAGUUUGAUACAGACUUCACAAAAACCUCAGACCCAGUCACCAAACUACAGGCAUACAACAUGAUCUGUGAGCACUACUCCGGAAAGCUAGACUGCCUGUUUCCUGAGCGAUUUGUAGACCUGAAUGUGGCCAUUCUGCAGCUGGUUCUCUCAGGUCGUGAUGAUGAAGCAAUGCAGGCGAUGCAGCUGAACAUGAUCCUACUUCCCGCUAGACAGAAAGCAGAGUUACAGAGACUGCUCAAGUUUAUGGCUGCCUCCAUCCAGGAUCAAGAACUGAAACUUGAUCCACAGAGUGAUAAUGAAAUCCUUGUGUUGACUCACCUGACGGACAGUAUACUCAAACACAAGGGGCUGUCCUGGGACCUCAGCUCAACCCUUGUACAGUUCAUCGUCAAGUCCAGCAACAGCAUAUUUGACGUUCCUGCUAGUCUGAGGGAAAAGGUCUCUGCCCGCUUACAGGAGACCAGGAAUGGCAGUGUGCCAAUCAUUGAGGAGACAGUGUUCUGUAGUCAGGUUCCUAUAUCAGAGUACCAGAAACAGGCAGACGAGUGCACAAACAAGAGCCUCGUACAGAUGAUGAACACAAUCAUAGACAAUCCCAAAAUGGUGCUGAAAGAGAAGAAGAACAAGCUACGACAAUUCCGCAAAUAUCAUCCGCACAUCUACGCCAAACAUUUCUCUGGGAUGGUGUAACAGUUACGUGAUCUCAGAACAAUUAGUGGUUAUUUUUGUUAGUGCUUAAACUGUGUUAUUGCUGUUACAAUUAAAUCAUGGUGCUGAUAUUGUAUAUCUAUGUACAUAGUUACAAGAGGGCAGAUCUGUGAUAUUUGUAGACUAUGGAAUCUUGUUUUAACCUUGCAAUUUUAUGUUUCAAUAGUGCGCAAUGUCAGGGAUUUUACCCAGCAAUAUUCUACAAUGAUGAGAUUGAAAUUUGCUCAUUUAUUCAAACAACAUGUUCACUGUCUCACAUAAAAUCAUGAUUGAUGAUGAUCUCCUAAUCUGGUAUGAUGGAACCUGAUGAGUUUAAUGUUAAUUUCUGUUUUGAUCUCGAGUUAUGCAUAAUUUUGCAUUAAGUGUUAACUUAUUUUAUUUGAAAUGUAAUAGUAGGUUGAUGAGAUACAGACAUUAAGGUUCAUCUGAAUGUUUGUUUUUGUUCAUUAACAAAUGUAUAAUUUUAUAUGACAUAAUUUUCGAAGUAUAUAUCUGUCAUUACAGCUAUAGUGCAGUACAACCAUUUCAUGUGACAGUGAAGCCAUUGUAUUUUACCAUUAUAUGAAGAAUAUGUAAAUUAACCUUAAAUGUCUUUCCAAUGACAGAAGCGCUUCAUAAUGGUAUGUAAAUAUGUGGCAUUAUA